GACUAAUAAAAUAGUAAAAAUGUAGCUUUCAUUAGGAAAGUUUUGUACCUAUUAAUCUGGGGAAAAUUUGCAGCACUGCAAUGAAGUAUAAUUAGAAGUUGCAGCUAUUGCCUACCACACUAAACAUAUAUGCUUUCAAUUUAUUUAAUGUAUUUUGGAAGCAAUAACUGCCCUGGCAAUUGGUUGAUUUGGUUCCCACAUGAAAGCUUUGAUGCAAUCACCAAACCAACCAGAAAGAGAUGUGACCAUAUAAUGUCAACAUCUAAGAGAACACAAAAUGGAUUCCCAAUAGUGCUUUGAUACAAACUAUUCUCCAACCUAUACAUAAUGAUGAACUGUAUGCUGCUUAAGCUAUUUAAGCAUUGGUAAUCAAUCAGGUUCCUAUAAUUUAAAUCCCUUUACAUUUUUCAGUUCAUAGAUCUGUGUUUAUUAGUAGACACCCCCUUUGGUUUUGACUCAAAAUAUUUGUAUUUUCUGGGAGAACAGAAACAGUACACCUUAUAUAAUGAUAAUUAACAAAGAAAAUGUCUCCAAUCCAAAAUUUGUUUGAACUACUCUUGUAAUUUCAAGGUGCAAGAAGGGCAAUAUAGUCAUAAAGAAUAAUAUAAUAUAUCUUGUAUUAUCUACCAUGCUUUGGCAAAUCUUCUUAUGAUAAUACAGUUCCAAAACGACUUUAAGAGCCUAAGCUUAUUUUCCCAAAGCAUUUCUUUGUAUUAAUGGAAGCAGAGACAGUGUUGAAGCUCUUUGAUUCUUGCUGGUUUGGGAUUCAAGACAUGAAGGAACAAGAACCUUGUUCAGCAAGUUCUCAUGAAAAUACAAAUCAUCAAACCAAAGAAGGAAUAUCAGAAUCAGAAGAACCGAUGCUUUUGCGCAGCCAAACCAUUCAUACAAGGUCUAUGAGCGACCAAUUGGACAAUAGGACAUGCUCCAUGCAUGAUGAUUCUAGUUCACCCGAGUUUGACAUGUUGCCAUCAAAGCUUCAAACCAUUCUUUCAGGAAAAGAUAUCACAGACACAGAGCAAGGUGAAAGGCAAGCACAGGUGCAAGUGCAACUUGAAGGGUUGCCUAAGAAAAACAACAACAACAACAAAAGCAGAGGAAGGAAGAAGAAGAGAAGGGGAAGCAAGAGUUUAUCAGACCUUGAAUUUGAGGAGCUUAAAGGGUUUAUGGAUCUUGGCUUUGUUUUCUCAGAGGAAGACAAAGAUUCAAGCUUGGCUUCAAUCCUUCCUGGUUUGCAAAGGUUAGGGAAGAAGAGUGUCAAGAAUGAGGAAGAUGAGGAAGAUGGUGAUGAUGAUGAUGAUGAAGAAGAUGAGGAGAAUUUUGAUAAGGCUGCAGUUCCAAGACCUUACCUUUCAGAAGCAUGGAAGGUACAUAAGAAAAAGAAAGAGAACCCUUUGAAGAAUUGGAAGGUUCCUGCUUUGAACAAUGAAAAUGACAUUAAAGAUAGCAUCAAGUUAUGGGCUCACACUGUUGCUUCCACUGUCAGAUGAUGAUGAAUAAACUUCAUGGUUCAACUUCAAGUAUUUUCUGUCUCACAUAUUUCAGAUUAUAACUUCGAAAAUUUUGUCCAAUAUUUUGGCUAAUAAAGCUUCCCUUUCUAUUUCAUUCACUUCCUACUUUCCACACUUCAUAAACUUGGAAAUAUAGACAAAAGGACAGAUCAUGGUCAUGGGGCCAUUUCUGUAGGAAUAGAACCAAUGGCAGACCUGAAUAUUUGUACUGUUUGAAAUUAGGAUAACUUAAAAGGACUUCAGGCUAAAGCUCUGUUUACUUUUUGCUUCCUAAUCUUAUAUCAGAAGUUAAAUGCUUGUAAGUAGUAGUUUCUCUGUAACCAAAGAAAUAUGGACAAGGACAAUUAUUAUGCAAAGCAUUUGAUUCGUACUCGGACAGUAUACAAACUGUUUCAGAUUAUAACUAUACGUUUUGUCCAUUA